AUGAAGAUAAAGGAUGAAGCUCACACACACUUUAAAGCCUUCAUUGAGUGUGCUGAGGUUAAGACCAGGCAGCAUGCAAACAUCCUGUGGACUGAUGGUGAUGGAGAGUACAAGUCGAAGAAAUUCGAUGCAUAUCUCAAGGCAAAGGGCAUCCACCAUGAGAAGACAAAUGCCUACACUUCACAGGAGAAUAGUGUCUCAGAGCAGAUGAACUGCACUGUCGAGGAGAUGGCCUGGUGCAUGCUGAAUGAUGCUGGGCUGCUGAAUGUAUACUGA